AUGUUACCGCCUUCGCCUCCGCCUCCGCCUCCGGACGCAGAUAAAAGACCAGGUCCUGUAAGAGAAUUACCAGUCCUUGGAGGGUACGUGCCGGAAUUCGACGGCUCGCGGCCCAAAUUCGCUACGGAAAGGUGGACGGACGAGGGAAGACUGCCGCCGCCCGUCCUGGUACAGGAAGACGCGCCCUACCUGCCCCAUCCAACUCCAGGGCUGGCUCUAGUGCCAAGCGUCCGAGGGGAGCCCAGGGAGGGGGGAGCGUGGAUACGACCAGGGGGCGCUGCUGGCAGUGCGGGACCAGUGUACAAAAAACGGCGUCGCACCAAAUCGCGGGCCCCCUCCCUCAAGAGGAAGGGGAAGGCCGCGAGGAAGGGGAGGAAAGCGAGUGCCGACGAACAAUCCCCCUCCGGCACUCCAAGGGCCAGCGGCCGCCGCGACCAGAGGAACGACAGAGGGCCCAGUCGGAGCGAUGCCACCUCCAGCCAGCAAGUAAGAAGUGACCUACCCCCGCCCCGUGGUGCUCCCCCUGGCCCUGGGGUGAUUGCUUCGGUAGGAGAGGCUGGACGCCCGUCUCCCUCCGCCCCUACCUCUCACGAGGACGGAGAUGGAGCUGUACCUAUUCUAGAAGUGGGAAUAGGCUCGGAAAACCACAACGCAUUAUUAGAUAGUGGGGCAUGUGUCUCUUUGAUCGAGGAACACUUAGUGACCGGCGUCAUUUCGGCAUCGAAAGGGUAUCUAACGUUGCACAGUGCCAGUGGGCAUACCAUCGUGUUGCAGAGAACAGUACAGCAAACUAUCUCCCUCGUGUGA